GAGCCGCGAACAACUUCUCACCUGCCGCUCAGAGAGAAACAGGUACAGAAUGACCCGCGAGACGAAGCUCCGCAGAUCCAGGAGAUCCAGAAACCAGGAGGACCAGACCCAGAUUAUAGAGAGUGAGGAGGAGAGUGAGAGGAGUGAUCAGAGGAGUGAGAGAAGGAGUGAUCAGAGAGCGGAGUGCAGUAAUAACAGUCUGAGAGAAAACAGAUCCUCCAAAAAAUACAAAAAAUCAUCUAAACUGGUUCAUAUAGCUCUGCUGCCCGACCGGUACCAGCCCCUGCAGGAGGACCGGACCCCCGACCCGGACCCGGACCCGGAGACCCAGAGAGAGAAGAAGAAACAGCGGCAGAAAUUAAAGAAGUUCAGGAAAAAUGUGGGUAAAGCUCUGCGCUACAGCUGGAAGUGUCUGAUUGUUGGACUGCAGAACUUCAGCUCAGCGUAUUCGGGUCCUCUGAGCGCAGCGACCACUCUGGUUCCUGAGGCUCACAGAACACGACCCUGAUAAUAAACGGGUUCUGACUCCAGACUGACCUCUCUUCAUCUUUUACUUUUUAUAACUCGAUAAAAGUCCAGUACCUGCUGAUAAUCUAAUCUAAUGAUUCAGCUGAAGCUCUGCUGGGACUGAUCUGAAUGAACCACACGGUCGGGUUUUAGCUUAUUCUCCACCGUAAACAUUCAGUUUAUCUGUAAGAGAAGAGCCUGAGAGUCUGAGAAUAAUGUAUGUGAAAUAAAACAGCUUGUAGAAUCAGAUCUAUAAUCACCUUUUCUUUUCCUAUUUGUUUCCAGCUCAUGACUUCUUCUGAAGCUGAAAGAUCAUCUUUAUUAUGUUUAUAAAUAAGAGCAUCUUAAUCUGAAACAUCGUCCCGAAUACUGAGCUCUUUAAUCAGUUUAAUGACCUUCAGUGUGCUGAUGGCCUUAAUGUACUUUAAUCUGCUGAUCAGAGCUAGAAGAUAAACUCCCAGAGUUCAGCGCUUCUGUUUUUAACUCGUCUCCAGAUCAGAUCAGAAUUUCUGUUUCCUGCUCUUUUCAGAACUUGAAGGUAUUUUUUAUUCUGAAGCUGCUUUAGAUGAUCAUUGCUGGGCAUCAUCUCCACAUUAUAGUGUUUAUUAUUAUAUUAUUAUAUGAUUUAUUGGCUGAAAACCCCUCAAAUCAUGAGAUUUCCACCACUAAGAUCGACAGUGGGAGGUUCUUUUUAGAGUAUUAGUUCUUAGCUCCUUAACCUUUAGUUGCAUUUUGUAUAUAUUGACCUUUUUUAAUUUUUAUGACGCACAAUUCUGUAUCUACUAUGAAUUAUUCUAUAUUUACUUUAAUGAUAAAAAAAACAAAAUACUUGUCCACAUACAUGCCUUCAGUGUUUACAUGUUUAAUUAAUUGAAUUAUUGCAAAAGGAAAUGGUCACAAUAUGUAAAGAAUGUUUUAUUAAAAGUGUGAUGAUGUUUGAAAGCUUUAGUUAGUAAAAGGUGGUUUUAUGGCAGCAGGUAAAGAAAGUGAAAAAAAAAUAAAGUAUUUAGGAGGUUGAUGCUGAUAUUAUGUAUUUAAUACAUAAAUACGUGUAUUAAUGAAAGUGGUAUUUGUGAUCAUUUGAUGAAUAUUUCCUAAAUGCUUGAUAUUGGAAUUGUUAAAAUACAAAAAAAUACAUUUCAUGAUCAGUCAGAGUUUUAAUGUAAUAAUUAGAACUUGUUUGCGGUUGCACUCAUUUUAUUGCUUUAAAAAGGAGGAUUCUUGAUAAUUUCACUGUUUUUUUAUUUCAACAAAGCAGGAAAUGCACAAAUUGAAUGAAAAAUGUGUUUGACAUUAAAAUAUAUUGCACGAUUAUACUGGACACCCACACUGUUUUUUUACAAGUUUCUUUUUUUUUUUUUUACAAGCUUCUGUAAAUAUUCUGCAAUGAAUGUAUUAAUAUAUAUACAGACAAUAAGUAGAAUAAUAAUCUGUGUUUAUAAUUAAUCUGAAACUUUAUAAUGUGGAUUAGUUCUGAUUUUUAUUAUUUACCAUCAGGUGGCAGUAUUGUGUCAGAAAACAGAGACCCUCAGUAGGAUAUAAAAUGUGAAUGGUCGUGUUUGAUGGUAGUGAAAUAAUGAAUUGUGAAAUAAGAUAUAAUUUGGGAAUAGAUCAUAUAGUUUUCAAUAUAGACGAUAUAUUGCAGUGUUUUAGAGUCACAUGUUGUCUUUGCAUGUUAAUGCUUGUCUGAUUCUAAUAUUGUAGAAAAUGUGUUCAAAUAAAUAAUAAACUUUAUUUUGUGACAGUUCUCA